AUGGCUCUCGGAAAGAAGCCCUACCCCAAGGCGACAGUGAAGAAGAUUAUCAAGGCUCAUUCGAACCACAAUAUCAAGAAGAAUGCUGAUGUUACCAUCUUCCUCGACUACAUCCUUUUCAUGGAAACUCUUGUCAAGGAAGCGGCAAUCCACGCAAAACAGUCUGGAGAGCGAGGACUAUCUGCGCGGAGUGUCAAGAAGGUGACGAGGGAUACAUUGACCAAGUUUAAGGGUUGA